UGUCGUUGCAUCCCAUCAGAAAGCAAAAAGGCCAAAAUGGGUGGGAAUUCCCCCUGCGCUUCAUGCAAAUUGCUCAGACGCCGAUGCGCCAGAGACUGCAUUUUUGCUCCCUAUUUCCCUUCCGAUGAUUCCCAAAAGUUCGCCAUCGUCCACAAGGUUUUUGGCGCCAGCAACGUCAGCAAAAUGUUACAGGAACUUCCGGUGCACCAGAGAGCCGAUGCGGUGAGCAGUCUGGUGUAUGAAGCUAAUGCGAGAGUGAGAGACCCGGUUUAUGGCUGUGUCGGGGCCAUAUCGUACCUGCAAAACCAGGUGUCGGAGCUUCAAAUGCAGCUGGCGCUGGCUCAAGCAGAGAUACUCUGCAUCCAGAUGCAGAAUGAUCCGGUGAUGCUGCCAUACCCACCAGAUCACCCCAAAUCAUACUUUCUCCAAAAUGACCUUCCUCAGCAUCUCAAUUUAGCUUCUUCUGGCAAUGUAAUCCAUCGCGAUCACUCUCUCAAGAUAGAGAGCAUCUUUGGACAUGACAUGGUUUCUUGAAUAAUAGUUUCUCACCCGCUUCGCCUUUCCUGGCCAUUUUUGUUUUGUCGUUAUUUUCGCAAGUCCUCUUCUAUACUAUAACAUGAAAGACGAAAAGUUCUUUGCA